ACCGAAUACCGAACCGAUAUUGUCUGUCUGUAUGCGGUAAACUUAGUAGUGUUGGCAAUUUUUUAGAUUAACAUAUACUAAUGUAUUUAAGUGCUUAGAAUAUAAACAUUAGGUGGUGCGUUCUUCGUUCAAAAUGGACAUUGUGCGCGAAGUAAAAAGUUUUAGGUUUACAAUUUUACUUCAUAUAUUUGUGUCAUAUUUAUGUAACAACCCUACAAACAGUGGCGCAGUAUCAUUGACUACUGCUUCAAUAGACUCAAUUUUAGCUUCAAAUGAGUUAGUUUUCAUCAAUUUCUACGCAGACUGGUGUCGAUUCAGUAGUUUGUUGGCUCCAAUAUUUGACGAUGCAGCUGAUAAAGUUGCGCAGGAGUUCCCCGUAGCUGGCCAGGUCGUCAUGGGCAAGGUAGACUGCGAUCAACAGACUGAGGUCGCGCAGAGAUUCCACAUCACAAAGUACCCGACGCUGAAGGUGAUACGUAACGGACAACCGGCCAAGCGAGAGUACCGAGGGCAACGUAGUGUCGCAGCGUUCACGGAGUUCAUCAAGAAACAACUUGAGGAUCCCAUCAGAGAAUUCUCCGACCUUGCCGAACUCAAGAACUUGGACUCUAAGAAAAGGAUCAUCAUCGGAUUCUUUGACAGAAAGGACGUUCCUGAAUACACAACUUUCAGAAGAGUCGCUACAAACCUCAAGGACGACUGCCAGUUCCACGUCGGGUUUGGGGAAGUGGUCAGAGCGAUGCACCCUCCCGGGCAGCCAAUCGUUGUCUUUCGUCCGGACGUUGCAAUGUCCAACGAACGAGACGAAACUUUCAACGGCUCUCUACUUAGCUAUGACGAGACCAAUGUUUGGAUGUCGGAGAAAUGUGUUCCUCUCGUGAGGGAAAUAACAUUUGAAAACGCAGAGGAGUUGACAGAAGAAGGACUGCCGUUCCUGAUUCUCUUCCACAAACCCGGCGACAUGGACGUGGUGAAGCGGUACAAAGACGUUUGCCAGUCGCUUGCCAAUGAGAAACAAAACAUCAACUUCUUAACUGCUGAUGGGGAGAAGUUCGCUCACCCCCUGCACCAUCUCGGCAAAUCCCAAGACGACCUUCCGUUGAUCGCAAUCGACAGUUUCCGACACAUGUAUUUAUUCCCGGACGUAAAGGACAUGGAGACGCCUGGAGCGUUGUUGAACUUCAUCAAAGACUUGUACUCUGGGAAACUUCACCGAGAGUUUCACUAUGGGCCGGAAGCCAUGGAGGUACUUCAAGUGGAGGGUAAAAUCGGCUCACCGGACGCUAAGAUACCAUCGACAACACCUCCUGAAUCCACCUUCAAAAAGCUCGGACCGUCUAAAAACCGCUACACUCUGCUCCGAGACGAACUUUAACCCUAUCACUUUCCUGUCCGUUUUGUAUAUAAUUUCUACAUUUCCCUCGUGCACUGUGUGUUUUCCCUCGGAAUAGUUGUGAUUGAAAGGUUGUGUACCAUAAAUGUAAUAAAUAGUGUUAGUGUAUAUUUUUAGGUUAGGUUUUUUUAGUUUGCGUUUUUAUUUUGUAAUGAUUUUCGGUUUAAUCUUUUAGCUAGAAGAAUUAAUAUAGUUAACAAAAUUAUUUUUACAAAAAUUAUGUCCUACAAAAACCUGAAAAAUGGUUUGAUUUUUCCAAAUAAUUACUAUUGGUUUUAGAUUAAUUCAAUUAUUAUUACCGAUUGAUUAUAAAGAUACUAUAAAAACCAACAACACACAACCAUACAAAAUGUAUGUUGUAUGGUUUGUUACAUAACCAUACAAAUUAAUUUCAACAUCAACUUCACAUUCAUUCAUGAUGUAAACAAUUUUAUCAAUAUUUUAAGUGUAGUUUUAUAUUGUUUAUUUACUAACGUUUGUUUGAGUUUUUUUGUUUUUGUUUUGCUUUUUGUUGUGUGUUUUCUGUUUCAUUGUAAAUUAAAAUCUUGUCUUGAUUUGACCACCUAAACAUAGUAGAGAUUUCAACCUUUCGUAAAAGGUGUUGAUGACAUCAAAUAUUGUAAAUAUACAAGUUUUAAAAUAAAACUUUCCAGAGAAAACACACACUGUCCAUCCCUACUUAAUGUAAACUAAUUUCCUAUUAAACUGUCUCUAGCUGCUGAAUUUUAUAAAAUUGUAAAAGUACUUUAUCACUUUAAAUAUUUUGAACCUAAAAUAUAAAUGCUCAAAAUAAAUUGAAUUAUUUAUUUGUUGGAAACACAGUAUUGAGCUUGAAGCCAUGAGACUCUUUUGCCAAAAACCACCUGCACUGUAAACUUAGUCUUUCUUAUUAGUUUUGUCUAGAUAAAAAAAAUUGUUGCAUAGUCUGAAAGUAUUAUGUAAAAUUUUCAAUUGUACGUAGUUUUGUACGUAUUUAGUCAUUAGAACUAUCCAAACACUAUCUUUAAGCGAAGAUUGUAAAAAUGUAUAGUAAAACAUAUGAAAUGUGUUCCAAGUAUAACAUUUGAAGGAAUAAACAGUUGUUUAUUUUACGUUUUCAUACCAGUUUUAUAAAUUCUUUUUGCUUCACAACUAUUACUAUUGCUAUUUACUAUUGCUGCAUUAUUACUUCAAGUCAAUUUAAUCUUCCAUAAGUAUUUUUAAUUUCAAAAUAAUAAUUUCCUCCAUAACAUUAUUGCAUUCCAAAAUAGAUUUCGUGUUCUGUUCUUAAAGCUAAAUAUUUUAUUAAAAAAAGUAAUAAACUUGCAUUUUUUAUAAAUGAACUAAACUACCACCGUUAGGGUAAAAAGUAUCCUCUUUUUUUAACCGAUCGUAGUUUUUAUUAAAUGAUAUAGGUGCAUAUGAAAUUUAUAAUCAUACUGGAUUCAAAAGUUUGUAAAGUUAAAUUUUGGAUUUCAAGAAGCAGGAAUGUCAUUUCAGACUGAUUCUAGUAUAAAAAUGUACUGUAUCCUAUAAAAUUACAUUUUUUGUUUUUUUUUCAUGAAUUGAGUUUUUAGUAUUUAAUUAGUCUGUUGAAGUUAUCGAUUGUAGUUGUUAAGAGUCAGCAGAAGUUUUGCUUGAUGCUGAAGCUGAAACAUAACCUAAAUAGGAAACAAUAUUGUCCUCUCCUAAUAUAAAUCGUUAACUUAAAAUAUACAAUAUUCCUUAUGUCUUAACAUAUUCUUUCAACUUUUACCAUGCCAAGUAUUGAAAUUGUUAAAAAUUAAAUGUUUAAAAUGGGACUAAUGUUAAUGUAUAGCCAAACACUAAUGCAGAAUUAAGAAGCCUACUAUUUUUUGGAAAUAGUUGAAACUAGAAACAUUUUCAAGUUUGAAUCAUCCGCCGUUAAAAUGUACUUGCCCUAUACAGUGAUUGUAAUUGGUCAAAAAUUGUUUAACAUAGUGAACCAUGGGGAGGUAAUUUUUAUACCUGAAAAGAUAUGAAAAAACCAUUAUUAUUACUUAUAUUAUUAAGUGGGCUUCCUUGCACUGAAUAUAGUACAGAAAGCUGCUUAUUGCUGCAUUUUUUACUUACUUUUGCUACACUCUUUUUUUCCUCACUCCAGUAUUCCAACCAAACAACACAAAACAGUGUGCUUUUAUUACUUUAAAAUUGGUAUACGCUUGAAAAUAAGUUGGCAACACUUAAAGAUACUACGACUACGAUCAGCUGAUGUAGCAUUUCCAAUUUUGUUUAAUGCUUGGAUUAAACCUAACCUAAAAACUUGUUGUAGACAAUUAUAGUAACUGCUUUAUAGUAACUGUAGGAAAAAUAUAAUGUGUAACACAAGUGCAAAGUUCCUUUGCUGCACUCAAGAAACUUUCCACACUCGCCUGCGGCUCAUGUGUAAAUGUCUCUCAUCUGCAACAAAGUGCCACUUCACACACUAGUUACACAAAUAGCUAUAGUAUCUUUGUUUACUUCAUAUUUUACAUUACUUCCUCCUUGUUGAAGCAGGUCAAGCAGACAUCUUUGCUGACUCUUAAGCCUUUAAAUCAGUCAUUUUUGUCGUCUGCCAACACAAUCUCAGACACAUUUUGUUUUUUGUAUAACUUGGAUUGUAAAAUGUCAAAUUGAAAUAAAUUUAAGUUUUUAAACGGUU